AUGUUUGUAUACGUGCUAAUUUGUGCAGUUGUUCUCUAUAUCUGGUGGUGGAUAAGAGAUAGUUCCAGAAUUGCUGCAAUUACAAACAAAUAUGUUUUAAUUACUGGAUGUGACACCGGGAUUGGAAAUUAUGCUGCACGUACCUUCGAUAAACAAGGAUUCCUAGUCCUAGCAACCUGCCUGACGGAAAGUGGAGCUCGAGGUCUGAAGCAGGAGACAUCAGAGCGGCUUAAAACAGUGUUACUGGAUGUGACUGAUGCUGAGAAUGUACGGAGGGUUGGUGAAUGGGUGAAGGAGGAAGUUGGGAGUCAAGGUCUUGUUUUGGUGAACAAUGCCGGAAUUAUGGGUACUCUGGCUCCCAUGGACUGGCUCUCUAUUGAUGACGUUCGAGAGCCUAUUGAAGUCAAUUUCAUUGGUUUAAUCCAUGUGACUUUGGUCAUGCUUCCCAUGCUCAAGAAAGCAAAGGGUCGGAUUGUGAACGUAUCCAGUGUUGGCGGCAGAGUAGCUGCUAGUGGUGGUGGAUACUUUAGCUCUAAAUAUGGAGUUGAAGGAUUUACUGACAGUUUACGGCGGGACAUGAAGGCACAUGGAGUAAAAGUCUCCUGCAUUGAACCUGGUCUAUUUAAAACACCUUUGUCUGAUCCAAACACAGUUUUAAAACAACGUACACAGAUCUGGGAGAAACUUCCUGCCAGUAUUAAGGAAGAAUAUGGAGAAAAUUAUUUAAAAAUAGAUGCUGCAAAGAAGAAAAAGUUAAACCUUGUUCGGAAUAGUGACCUGUCCAUUGUUGUAUGGUGCAUGGAACAUGCUCUGACCAGCCAACAUCCCAGAACUCGUUACAGUGUUGGAACAGAUGCCAGCUAUUUCUGGAUACCAUUGUCUUACAUGCCAACAUUUGUUCAGGACUAUAUCAUACUGAAAAACAAAGUGAAGAUCCCUACUACCGAUGCAAUGUAA